AUGUCCCCUCUUCGAGGCUAUAUCACAUCCUACCCGCCACGAGUGCGCCAGUAUAGUAACGCGCUUCUCACGCCCAUCUUUCCUACCAACCAAGCCGGCCCCACGCCGCGAACCACGAAACGAGGGACCACCGCGAUCAAUUAUGCCGAAGAUGGCUUCGACGAUGAGGAUUUCGAUGACAGCGAGGGUCCGCGCCGACCAACGGGGUUAAGGAGUCUGCGACGGGAGGAGUCUACGUUCGAGAAGGCCCCUUUAACAGAGAAGCUGGGGAAAGAGAUCCACGCCCCUGUUGAAGUCCAAGGGGUGUUUCGCGACUGGAUGAUUAAAAGGAUGUUGCGGCCUACAUGUGCCGACCAGUUACAAAUCCAAGCGCAAUUGCCUCUGACCCUGAUACCCAUCCGGAUUGACUUGGAAGUGCCGGCACAUCAGCCCAUCGAGCCGUUCCCCCUUCCGCGGUCGAUCAUGGAUCCUGCGAUCAACUCCACCCUGCCUGCGUACAGGCGACCGGACCCCCUACCCGCCUACCGCAUCAAGGACACCUUCCUGUGGAAUCUGCAUGAAGCGCUCGCCACGCCCGAAGAAUUCGCCAUUGGGUUCGUUCGCGAUAUGGACCUGCCAAAUCCGCAGGUCAUGACCAUGGCGAUCAGCAAUCAGAUUCGCCAGCAAUUAGAGGAGUUCGCCGGCGUUGCGUUGCAUCCGCUUUUCCAAAGCACCCAGCCAAAACCCACCAGCGCCUCGCAGGCUGGCAUCUCGCGGGACGUGUCUGUCUCCGCAACGCCCAUUCCCGCUCGGCCUGUCACUCCUGAUAACAGAGCUAAGCCUCUAACGGGAACGAAGGAGCCGUUGGUGAACGACAGUAUCCUAAACCCGGACGAUGCAUACAGGUGUAUGAUCCACCUCAAUAUCAACCUGCAGAAUAAGCUGUACACGGAUAAGUUCGAGUGGUCUCUCCUGCAUCCGCCGGGUAUGCCCGAGGAGUUCGCCAAGAUUACGUGCGCUGAUCUGGGUCUCGGUGGAGAAUGGGUCGGGGCGAUCGCGCACGGGAUCUACGAGGCCGUCCUGAAACUGAAGAAGGAGGUCUGCGAGAGCGGCGGCCUCAUCAGCGGAAUCGGCGGCUAUGGGAACGAAAUCGACAACCAAGCCGCUAACGGCGCGGACGCCGGGUGGCGGUACGAUCCCGAGGGACUCGGCGACGAGUGGGAGCCCAAGGUGGAACACCUGUCCAAGGAGGAGAUCGAGAAGCGAGAGGGUGAUCGCGAGCGCCAGAUUAGACGUCUCCGGCGAGAAACCGCCCGGUUCUCAUCCACGGCCGGCAUUACUCCGGACAUCUCGCGGCAAGGGAGCGGCUACUUCGACAUGGACAGUGAGACACCACUCGGUAGAGGCGAGCGCAGCAGACGGAAGCGGCGGUUCCGCAGCUUGAGUCCGUCUGGCAGGGGUGGUACGCCCGGUGGACGAGGAACCCCAGAUACUGGGUCAGGGGCCGGCUAUGGCGGUGGUGGUGGUACAUUGACAGACUGGGAACGGCAAAAUUGGAGGUGCAGUAACUGCUUGGUAUGGGGCACUGCCGUUUGGGCUGUUCGAGAUGGCCCUGCUGGUCCACGGUCGUUGUGCCACAACUGUGGACUUCUAUACGAACGGGACAAGGUUGCUCCUGAGUGGUCGAGAGAUCUACACCGUCACGAUAUGCCCAUCGCCCGGUGA